AUGCCAAUCUAUGACAAAGUUCAAUUGCACGCGUCUAUGUUGCACUGCGCAUCAACUGCUUCUCAAUCAGAACUCUAUGAAAAAAUGUUUUCUAUUACUCUUCGACUUAAAAAUUUCUGCUUUUCACAGGUAAUGUACCGCCUAUUAGUAGCGACCGUACUUAUCAGCGUCGUAGAGCCACUUAAUAUCGUCGUGUAUUUAUCCCUAGCCGGUAAAAGCCAUCUCGACUUUGUAUCGACACUCAUAAAUACCCUCGUAGAUAGGGGUCAUAAAGUGGACCUUGUUUUGGCAAGGCAAAAUACCCUAAUAACCUCAAAUGGAACCCACAAGGCAAGCGAGGUGUUCGACUUCACUUUCCCUGAGGGAAAAAGUCCAUGGUUGAAUGUGGAUCAUUUAAAGACCCCAUUCAGUGCGAAUACCAACAACCCGCACAUGUUUCUUGAAUAUGUUCGUGUAGGAACUCAGCUGUGUAGACAUGGCCUAGCGUCCGGAGAGCCAGCACGUUUCCUAGGCAGAAAGAAGUACGACAUCGGAAUUACGUCCGAUUAUGACUUCUGUGGCUACAUCCUCUUCCAUCAAGCUGGCAUAAAAUCCGUAGCUUCCUUCACUGCUACGAAUCUGCUCUCUCAUCAAGCAUUCUCAAUAGGAUUACCUAGUCCUGCUAGUUCAGUUACAAAUAAUCUCGACUUAUCUUCGGGAAGUGCACGCCCGGAUAUUUUCGAGAGAACCGUCAGACUCAUCAAGUCUAUGAGAUUCACAUUUAUGGAAAGGCCACAAUUCGAAGAGCUAGGGGACAGCCUGAUCCGUGAAUUCUUCCCGAAAAGCUUCCCUCGAAUUCGCCAGCUUCUUCAGAACACUGACCUGACCUUCGUCAAUAGCAACGAAAUCAUCGAAAAACCCCGUCCAUUGUCGGAGAAAGUGAAAUACAUCGGUGGAAUUGCGCUGCCCAAACCUAAGCCCCUUCCAGCGAGCCUUUCUGAAAUGCUAUCAAAUUCCACAAAAAAUGUCAUCUUCUCCUUUGGAACACAGGUCCCAACACAAAACAUUCCACUCCACGUUCGCCAGGCAUUGGUGGGAGCAUUCGCCCAGUAUCCAACUGUCCAAUUUCUGUGGAAAUAUGACUUACAAGGAGAUGAAGGCGAUAUGUUUGCCAGAGCCCCUAACGUAAAAAUUCUGAAAUGGCUACCUCAAGCUGAUUUGCUGAAUGAUAAAAGAGUGACUGGGUUCAUCUCCCAUAUGGGUUUGAACUCUUUCCUUGAGGCUUCGGUAGCCGGUGUACCAAUGCUUGCCAUUCCAUUGUUUGCCGAUCAAGUCCAUAAUGCUCAAAUUGGUGCCCAUCGUAAGACCACCAUUAUUGUAAGACCACAACAGCUGUCUGUCAAAAGUAUCGCAAUGGCCCUCAAUGAGCUCCUGAACAACCCAAGCUACAUGGAAAAUGCCAAGCAUAUUUCUCGAUUGAUGAAAAUGAAGCCAGAAAGCGGUCGCAACAAAUUUGUGGAAUGGCUCGAAUUCGCAGCUGCAAACAAAAAUUUGCACAGGAUCUUCAACCUCCCCGGUAACGACAUCGGAGCCGUGGAAUACUACUGCCUCGACUGCCUCGUUCUCCUCUCCAUCGCCGUCGCUACCGUAUCAGCUCUCGUAUGGAUGAUUUUGUCCGCAACAAUCCAGAUGUUGAUGGUUGAAGGGAUCUUCUGCGUGAAAGUCAAGACACUGUGA